CGCCUCGAAUUCCCCAAUGGGAAGCAGCUUUGCUCUCUCUGCCUCUCAGGGCACUGCACCAGCCAGUCGGUCUCUGGGAAAACAAGUGGCCGAGUCAGCGCCUGGUGAGGCUUCCACUGCUGUUGUUUCAGAGGCAGGUGCAUGGAGACAGUACGGAUUGCAGUGGUGGGCGCUGGCGUGGUGGGGCUCUCCACAGCACUGUGCAUUUCCAGGUUGGUUCCACGAUGCUCCAUCACGGUCAUUUCAGACAAGUUCACUCCCCACACCACGAGCGACGUCGCCGCUGGAAUGCUCAUUCCUCAUGCCUACCCAGACAUCCCCGUGCCCAAGCAGAAGCAGUGGUUCAGAGAGACCUUUGAUCACUUGUUUGCAAUUGCCUGUUCUGCAGAAGCUGGAGAUGCUGGCGUUCAUCUGGUGUCCGGUUGGCAGAUAUUUCAGAGCAUUCCUGCUGAAGAAGUGCCAUUCUGGGCAGACGUGGUGCUGGGUUUCCGGAAGAUGAGCAAGGCUGAGCUGAAGAAAUUUCCCCAACACGUGUUUGGUCAGGCUUUCACAACUCUGAAAUGUGAGGGCCCUGACUACCUGCCCUGGUUGGAGAAGAGGUUAAGAGAAGGUGGGGGCCUGGUACUCACCCGACAAAUAGAAGACCUCUGGGAGCUGCAUCCAGCCUUCGACAUCGUGGUCAAUUGUGCGGGCCUGGGCAGUAGACAACUGGCAGGGGACUGGCAGGUGGUCCCCGUGAGGGGCCAGGUACUCCAAGUCCAGGCCCCGUGGGUGAAGCACUUUGUCCGAGAUGGGAGCGGACUCACCUACAUUUACCCUGGUACAUCCACUGUCACCCUGGGUGGAAGCAGGGAGAAGGGAGACUGGAAUCUCUGCCCAGAUGCAGAAAUGAGCAGAGCUAUUCUCUCCCGAUGUUGUGCCUUGGAGCCCUCCCUUUGUGCGGCCCGUGAUAUAAGGGAGAAGGUGGGCUUGCGACCCUACAGGCCAGGUGUGCGGCUGCAAAGGGAGCUUUUGGUCCGGGGUGACCAAAGGCUGCCUGUGGUCCACCACUAUGGACAUGGGGGCGGUGGCAUCUCAGUGCACUGGGGCUGUGCCCUGGAGGCUACCAGGCUGGUGGAUGAGUGUGUCCAGGCCCUGAGACCCUCUGCUUCCAAGUCAAAGCUCUAGGUGACAUGAAAUGAUAACAACUGGCACUUGAACUGACUGAUCAAAUUACGGUGAAAACAGUUGAACAGAUGCAAGAAACUUCCAUUACCUGAGAGUGUAGACACAGCCUUGUUUUGCAUCCCAUAUGGACCUCUGUGCACCACCAGGAGUAAUUCCUGAGUUCAGUCAGGAUUAACUCUGAGCAUCACCGGGUGUGUCCCCAAACCUCACUCCCACGCCCCAAGUUAGAGAGGCCAGAGGAAUAGCAGAGAAGGCUUGCCUUUCAUGCAGCCAACCCUGGUUCAAAUCUUCAACAUUCCAAAUGGUUCCCUGUGUACACCAGAGUCACUCCUGAGCUCAGAGCACAGAGCCAGGGGCAGUUUGUGAGCAUUGCUGGGUGUGGCCCCAGUGGCCUCUCAAGUAAAUAAAAUGAGAAUGGAUGACAUGUCUAAUGGUAGAAUCAAGAUUAUGCUAAUCUAAUACCAGACUUAAAUCUAGAAUCGUUAUCCUCAGGUAUAAACUUUAUUUUUGUUAAACAGACAAUAUACAAUUUCUUUUAGACCUACUGUCUAUGCUAAUAUACAUAGAUGCUGAAAGCUAGAGUCUGACAUUUAAGGGCUCGUAAGUGCACACAAGGAGACAACAUCUGGAAGCAUUUAGGUCAGUGUAAGUUAAAGAACUUUCUCGGCUACUGUAGAUAACAGUAAAGUGAGCAUUACAAUCCUUCUAAGUAAAAUUACUCAGUGUUCAUGUAGUACAGUCUGACUACGUUUAAUGAAAGACAAAGCAUCACUUUUAGCUAGUCCUGUGGCAACUUCAUUGCCUCUGGCAGUGAUGGUGGAAGCCAGAGGCUGAGCUGCCUAUGGGUGUGGCAUCUACUCAGCAUCUGUCUGGGUCCAUCCCUGGAGGUUCUUACUUUCCAUUACUGCUGAUGAUUGAAGACUAGUCUGUUGGCUGGUUGGCUUUGCCUCAGCAUUUUUUUGAAGAUUGAAUAAUAGUAUGUACAGCCAAAAAGCUAAUUUGCUAAUUAAGAUGGAACCAUCGUUCUGAAUGAAAUAUCACCAGAGCAAUUUUUUAAGUUGUGAAAAAGUGUGUGUUUGUGGGGGAGCAGAGGUUGAGGGGAUAUGUCUCAUGAUAAAAUGAGUUUGGGAAUUGAUGGCUAAAUCUUACCUGAUUUCAUGAUGUUGGCUUGCUCAGAAUUUUGAUCUGUUGAUUUGUGUUGUGUGCAUGUACAGGAUAUUUAGUCUUGGUUUAGGGUCACAUUGACAUAGUGAUUGGGGGGGGGUCACACCUGCAGUGCUCCGGGGACUUUGUGGUGCCAGAAAUUGAACACAGGCUGCAAACCCAGGCCUCCCACAUGCAAAAUACGUGCUCUCGCCCUACUACCCAUCUUCCCAGUCCCUGGAGGGAUUUGGUUUGUGCUAUUUGUGGGGGUAUUUAUGGGAGAUUACAGAAGAUUUGCAAAAAUAAAUAUUUAAGUUCAAGUUUGAGGUGGGGGACAAACCCGUGUUAGUGAUAAGGUCGAUUUUGGAUGUCCUUGGGCAUGUGGGACUGGUAAUGAAGAUUAAGAAAGAAAAAGGCACCAGCAAAGUUCCAUUUUUACCACCAUGAAGUAUUGGUAUAUGAUUUUGCUUGAAGCAAACAUUCUUCUGGAAAGGGGGAGAGAGGAGAGAAAGAGCACUGGAUGACCUUUAUCUUCCCUGGAAGUAUCUAAGUGUGGAUUUAAGCAUGGAUUCUCUGCUGUCUUUCCACCAGGGGGUGAUAUUGUAUCAAAUUCAGAUGUAUCAGUCCAUUUGAAAAAUUUGGAAAGGACUAGAAAUGAAAAAACAAAAUGUAUACCAGGUGUGUGAAGCAAGUGAGGGGUUUAUUGGAGGGUUGGGAGCUUCCAUGGCCCAGAUGCAAUUGUUCUGAAUUCUGUUCAAAGUCUUUGAGGCAUGCACAGGCCCAGAGAGACAGAAAGCAUACAGAGAGCCCUCACCCAAUUGGUGAGGAAGAAAGCAUUGUGAGAAAAUGGCAUUUUUUUUUCUUUUUUGGGUUACACCCAGCGAUGCACAGGGGUCACUCCUGGCUCACGCACUCAGGAAUCAACCCUGGCGGUGCUCAGGGGACCAUAUGGGAUGCUGGGAUUAGAACCCAGGUCGGCCGUGUGCAAGGCAAAUGCCCUACUCGCUGUGCUUUCACUCCAGCCCCGGGAAAUGGCAUUUUAAAAAGGAGAAAUAAAUGUUCACUGGUUCAACAUGAAAAUGAAGAAUGCCGCUCUCAAGCAUGCUGGUGUCAAUGCAAUCAGCUUAAUUAAUGGCUGAAUAAAUAGCAGUACUCCUACAUUAAAAUA